CUGAGGGUCAACUAAAAGGAACCUUUGGGUUCUGUGGUAAAAGUAGAUAGUUUAAAAACCGGAUAGCCAUUGUAGAGGCUCGCAUACAGAUACAGACUUUAGAAAGGACUAAAAAGAGCAUUUUCUUCUGAACCUGAGCAUUGGAGCUUCACUUGAUCCUGAUUUUCAACAAUGCCACAUCUGACGGAUAUGCCAAAGAAAAUGAACGACCUAAUGUCCCAAACGGCAAAUGUGACUUUAGCUAUCGCCAUGCUUUACAUUUUCCAGUACAUCUUUAAUUCGGAGUUUCCGUGCUCGUGUACAGCUCAGUUUCAACCUCUUGGGAAAGUUUACAUAGCGGUCAUUCCUGUCAUAAUGUUCUUUAUUUUCAAGAUGGUUAAACCAAACACAUCAAAGUCACUUUCAUGCCUGGUCUGUUGCCACUGCUCUGAGACGUGCUACAGUCUUUGUCUUCAAAUACUUCAACUUUUUGGAAUUUAUCUGUUUUGGGGGUGUUUUAUUCUUUUAGACGGUGACUUAUAUCUCUGUCUGAUGACCAAAGCUAAUGCUACACUCCGCGCCAUUCCAUGCAAGAAGAACACAACCUUUGAAGAAAACUUGAUAAUUACGAGCUAUAAAAACGUUUCCAGGGUAUCAGGCAUAGCCAGCAUAGCUCUCUGUAUCACUGGAUGGUGGCUGAUAUCGAAGAUAACAAGUGUUGGGAUUCAUUGUGAAAGUAUCAGUUGGAGAUCUAUGAAGGACUGCUGCUUCAUGCUCUGUAAAAAGGAGCCUUACUACAAGAGACAGUAUGAGAUCAUCCUGGCUAAUGAAACAAAUAAACACUUGAUUGAAAAUUUAGAAACAAUUGCCAAAGAUCGAGCAGAAAUGAUGUGUAAACAGCACAUCAAAGACAUUAAACAAUAUGAGCAUAAUACGGACAGAGGAUCAAUGGAGGAUGUUGAGAAUUCUUGGGCUACAAUCUCUAAGUCACAUUUCUAUGUCAGAGAUUUCUAAGGGCAAUGCAAAAAAAUAUUAACAGGUCUGACAGUCUGUGACUGGUGUCAUCUUUAAAAAAAUAAAUGCUUGCUAUUUGCUUGGUUCCAGCACUAAAGCAAUUAAUUGAAUCAAAACCUUUGUAAUACCUAUUUUUAUUGAUAAUUUUGACUAUGAUAUUAUUUUAUAAUUGUUAAAUUCCUAUAUUGAGUUCUCAU